AUGGGGUCCUUGUUGCUAGACCACAUUAAAAAGCAAGCAUCUUCUUUUCUACAAGAGAAAUACAAAAAUGCUAGGCUGGCCUUCACAGACGUUACUGAAGCUGAACUGUUGGUUGAAGAAGCAACAAAUAAUGAUCCAUGUAGCCUUGAUGCUAGAAUAAUGACUAGAAUAGCUGAAGCAUCUCUCGAGAUAGAUGAUUAUUGGAGAAUUGUUGAUAUUCUUCACAACAGGUUGUCUAGUAAUGAUUGGAAGCGAUGGAGGCAAUCCUACAAAUCACUGGUGCUUCUUGGGUUCUUACUAACCCAUGGUCCUGAAGAAUUUGCUGAAGAAUUUCAAUGUGAUACUGAUGUUAUUCAAGAGCUCGGAACAUUUAAACACAUAGAUGAAAAGGGGUUCAACUGGGGAAUAAGCAUGCAAAAGAAAUCAGACGAAAUACUUAAACUUUUGGGAGGAGGAGAGACACUCAAACAGGCACGAUUGAAAGCCCUCAAAGUAACAAAAGAAAUCCAAGGAUUUGGAGGUUCAAUGGGUUAUCCUUCGUCCUCUACUCCUUCCACAACCACUCCUUCCUCAUCGUCCUCGGAAGCAUCAAGAUUUUCAUCAUUUCUCUCAUGUUCUACCACAAGUAUACAUGAUGAGGAAAAUCCUAUUUUCCCAGCUGCAAACAAAAAUUCCGAAGGAUCACACCUGUGGUAUAGCCCUCGGAUUCAAGAAACGGGUUCUUUACUUGAUUCUGAGGAUGAGGAAGAUGAAAAAAAGGAUGGUUUUAUGAGUGGAAUUUGCUCGAAGCUUGUUGGAAGUAGUCCUUCAAGAGGUAAUCACGAAAAGGUUGGAUUUAGGAGUGUUUCUGAUGCCGGAAGGAUGACAAAGAAAAGGUUUGAUCGUCAGCAUUCGCUUUGGUAUUGA